GCUCAUGACGUCAUCGCGCCCUGAUGUUGUUAGAUGGGUAGCUGAUGUCACUAAGGCAGACGGAGAAGGAGGAGGGGGGGAAGCGAGCGGAGGAUGCUUAUCUUCAAGUGUUUCCCCUACCAUCCUGCAAGGAGGGUGACCUGCCUGCUAACAAGACCUUUCCCCUCCAAGAAGAUCACGGCAUGUAGUAAAUUAUUAGAAAUCUCAUGUGAUGACAUCCAGCUUCAAUGAAGGAUGAAGAGUCCGGUGCACAGAUGCAGGGAUGUGGAACACGGCCGUGGGCAGAACAGGGCAGGGUCCAACUGCCUACAACCUGAACAACGCAUCCCUAUCUCCAAAGACGUCAUUACUUCCUCCUCUUCGUCAGCAAUGUGGUUCAUCAGGGAUACCUGUGGCAUCGUGUGCGCCAUCAUAACAUGGCUUCUGGUGUUUUAUGCAGAGUUCGUGGUGCUCUUUGUAAUGCUGGUGCCAUCCAAGAAUCUCACUUACAGCAUUGUAAACGGGACCUUGUUCAAUACUUUGGCCUUUCUUGCCCUCGCCUCACACCUCAGGGCUAUGUGCACUGACCCUGGGGCAGUGCCAAAAGGGAAUGCCACCAAGGAAUACAUAGAAAGUCUUCAGCUGAAACCAGGUCAGGUGGUCUACAAAUGUCCCAAGUGCUGCAGCAUCAAACCGGACCGAGCACACCACUGCAGUGUGUGCAAACGAUGCAUACGGAAGAUGGACCACCACUGUCCAUGGGUCAACAACUGUGUUGGGGAAAACAACCAAAAGUACUUUGUGCUUUUCACAAUGUACAUUGCACUCAUCUCUCUGCACUCUCUGGCCAUGGUGGUCUUCCAUUUCCUCUACUGCUUUGAAGAUGAUUGGACGAAGUGCAGCUCCUUCUCUCCUCCAGCAACAGUCAUCCUUCUCAUCCUCCUGUGCUUUGAGGGCCUCCUCUUCCUCAUCUUCACCUCUGUGAUGUUUGGCACCCAAGUCCACUCCAUCUGUACAGAUGAAACAGGCAUAGAGCAGUUGAAAAAGGAGGAGCGAAGAUGGGCUAAAAAAACUAAGUGGAUGAACAUGAGGGCAGUUUUUGGACAUCAGUUCUCUUUAUUGUGGUUAAGCCCCUUCUCCACCCCUGACCAUGGUAAGGCUGAGACCUACCAGUAUGUGGUGUGAGGGAGCUCAGGACAGGAAAAGCUAGCCCUGCCCCUCUGAGCUCAGCUAAGGAAGCCUGUUUGCUCCCACUCAACAUGAUUUACUGUGUACGUCCCACACAAGCCAUGGACAGCUUUUUAUGUGCUUUUUUUAUGUGCUGCCAACAAAGUGAGCAAUGUCUUAUUUUGUAUUUAUUUUAUUGCCUUUAGCGAGUUGAGUUGCAGAGAAAAAGAAACACUGUCAUUCUGUUUGCAAACACUGUGAUAAAUCAGUUUGUUAUUUUUUUGGUCUUUUAUCAAAAACUUUCUUUUCUGCCUUUGUUCACUCUCCCACUGCUUUCUGGUGAAGGGUCGGUUCAGCCAAAUUACAAAAAAAGAGAGAAAAUAGAAAAUUACCUUUUUAUCACUUAAUCCUGUCAGCAUAUGGCCUUUCCUAUUGUACAGGUGAGUAAAACUGAAGGAAAAUGUAAAUUAUAUGGAUCAAUUGUAAGGUAUUUAUUAAAAGAAGCCAUAAGAGUUUAGUCAGUUUAACCUGCAGGAUGUUAUCAGGGACAUGUAAAGAAAUACACCUACCUCAUCCACUGAAACAUAUAUUUAGCCACUGUUUCAGUUCAGAUACGUCUACCAUGAGAUAUAUUCAAUAUACAGUUAGGGACAGAAAUAUUUGGACAGUGACGCAAUCUUCAGGAUUUGGGCUCUGCAUGCCACCACAUUGAAUUUGAAAAUAAACAACUACAAUGCAAUUGAAGUGCAGACUUUAAGGUUUAAUUCAAGGGGUUGAACAAAAAUAUAUGUUUAAACAUUUUUAUAUAAACACUCCUGAUUUCAGGAGCUCGAAAGUAAUUGGACAACUAAACAUAACCCUAUGUAAAAUAUUACUUUUCAAUAUUUAGUUGAGAAUCCUUUACAGGCAAUGACUGCCAGACGUCUGGAACCCAUGGACAUCACCAAACGCUGGGUUUUCCUCCUUUGUGAUGCUUUGCCAGGCCUUUACUGCAGCGGUCUUCACUUGGUGCUCAUUUUUGGGUCUUUCUGCCUUACGUUUUGUCUUCAGCAAAUGAAAUGCAUUCUUAAUUGGGUUGAGAUCUGGUGACUGACUCUGGCAUUGCAGAAUCUGAGCAGAAAGUUUAUCCCUAAACACUUCAGAAUUCAUCUGGCUGCGUCUGUCUUUUGUCACAUCAUCAAUAAACACAAGUGACCCAGUGCCAUUGGAAGCCAUGCAUGCCUAUGCCAUCACACUGCCUCCACCAUGUUUUACAGAAGAUGUGGUGUGCUUUGGAUCAUGAGCUGUUCCAAUUCUUCUCCUAACUUUCUUCUUCCCAUCAUUCUGGUACAGGUUGAUCUUAGUCUUAUCUGUCCAAAGAAUGCUGUUCCAGAACUGGGCUGGCUUCUUCAGCUGUUUCUUUGGCUAAAUCAAUUCUGGCCUUUUUAUUUUAGAGGCUGAUUAAUAGUUUGCACCUAGUGGGGAAUCCUUUGUAUUUACUCUCAUGAAGUCUUCUCUUUAUGGUAGACUUAGAUACUGAUACACCUACUUCCUGUUCUUCACUUCAGUGGAUGUUGUGAAGGGUUUUUCUUCACCAUGGAAAGGAUUCUGCCAUCAUCCACCACUGUUAUCUUCCAUGGAUGUCCAAGCCUCUUUGAGUUCACAAGUUCAACAGUGCACCUUUUUUUUUUUCUUUUGUCCCCAGAAUGUACCAAACUGUUGAUUUGGCCACUCCUAACAUUUCUGCUAUCUCUCUGAUGGAUUUCUUCUUUUUUUCAGCCUCAGGAUGUUCUGUUUCACCUCCAUUGAGAGCUCCUUUAAUCACAUGUUGUGUGUUCACAGCUACAGCUUCCAAAUGCAAACGCCACACCUGAAAUGAACUCCAGACCUUUUAACUGCUUAAUUGAUGACAGGUUAACGAUGGAAGAGCCCAUGCAGCCUUCUUCUGUGUCAAUUGUCCAAUUACUUUUGGUCCUUUGAAAAAGAGGCGGCUACGUAAUAAAGAGCUGUAAUUCCUAAACCUUUGCUCCAAUCUGGAUGUGAAUACUCUCAAAUUACAGCUGAGAGUCUGUACUUUAAACCCAUAUUGAUUAUAUAACCGUAUCCUGUAUAUGUUUUCAUAAACAGCUAAAAUAACAAAACUUGCGUCACUGUCCAAAUAUUUCAGGGACUAACUACAUAAGGCCUUUAACAAGAUUCAAACCCCUUAAAUUUUUUCACAUUUUGCCACGGUACGUCUUCAGCGUAUUUUAUUUAGAUUUUAUGUGACAGGCUAACAUAAAGUAGUGCACAAUUGUUAAGAGGAGUGAUGCAUAGAUUUCAACAUUUUACAGUUUGCACUACUACACAAAAAUAUUUACUUUGGUAUUCAGUCCUGUUGGCCAAAACACAUUGGAUGCGUCCGACUGGUCUUACUGAUCCGAUUUCUUCUAAACACACAGGCUCCGACUAGAAGUUUACCUCUAUGGACCAGUGAUGGCAGCUGUUUUUAGUCUUUGUCUUUUGGAUAAAAAUGCUUAUUAGUUUUAGUCACAUUUAGUCAUUUAAAUAUGUGACAGUUUUAUUCAACGAAAAGCCAAAAAGGUUUUCGUCAAAAAGUGUAUUCUUUAUCACUGUAUACAAAACUACGCCAUCUGUAAAGGUCUACAGGUGAAUACAGAAUACAUACACACAAACACACAUAAAUAUAUAUUUAAUAUGCAUGUUAUUUUGACAAAAAUAGAAUUGACAUAGUAACUACCAAACAAGCAAAAAUUAAGUAUUGUGAUAGCCUAUUAACCAAAUGACUGGCACCCACCCUGUAUCUCAAACAUGGGUUAGUAUGACAACCCAUUAUAUUUGCUGCUCUGCUAAAUUUCGCUGCAUGUUCUACAGACAACAGUAACGCAUAUAUGAGCUGAUGUUGGCACAACCAAGCUAACUUUAAUCUGAAGUUAGCAUCCUAUUUGUCUCAGUAGUUAUAUGGAAUACUUUAAGCUUAAUAUGAAAUGUAUCACAUGCGGAUUGUUGAGUAACAAUGCUUGCAUAUUAUAUCUUAACAGGACUUGCAGUAGUGAGCGUAGUAAUCAGUGUAGUGAUGUGCUGCUUAACAUUUGUGGUAUUUAGUUUGUGGUCAGAUUUACCGCCAUCUCCGUGUCCGAUACAUUCGGUUUUUCUUUCGGAGGGCUCAUAUUUAAAGUAUUUCCGUAGACUUUUUUUUGUAAUUACCAACCACCAAAAUAAUUUGGGGGCAUGCCUGGGCCAUCAUGGUCCAUCAAUAAAUUGGUAUACUGAUGGUGGGCGUGACCAAACAAGGAUGGAGCAGCUGAUACUGAAUUGCUGAAUUGCAUGCACAAUUGGCAGGAACGUCAUGCAUUGUGAACAUCUGACAGACCACUCGCUAACAUGUUUGUCCAGUCUCGUCCCAUCAAUGCAAAUUCACACACGUCAUGUUUAAGACAUCAAUGAGCCAUGUCUUCAAUAUAUACCGGAAAUCCCGAAGGCAUAAACACAAGCUGGUGUGGCAGUAGUCUCAAAGCUGCAGUUGAUGCCCAAACAGGCUCAAAGAAGAUUACCAUUAAACCUCUUCCUACAAAACAGUUGGUAGUCCAACCCCACCGGAAGUUGCAAACUGACUCGAAAAUUGAUGUUCAUUGACACACUAUGUACAAUCCAAUAGCUUUGUGGAAGACAGCACAUUAUUUAAAUUUUUACAUGUGUAUAAUUUUUUUUAAAUCAUUACUACUACUACUACUACUACUAUUAACAGUUCUACACUAUUUUGCGCUGGCCUGUCAACCAAAAUCCUAAUUUAAUUGAAUUAAUUAAAGUGUAUGGUUUAGAAGUAAGAUCAAUCCUGCAAGCUACUGUAGUGUAUUUAAGCUGCUACGCAACUUUUCAAACAGUGAAGUCCCUCUAAAAUAUUUUUGUCUUCUGCUACAACCCCAAGAUCAGCUAGAAAUGAGAGGAUUGUGGUAAAUAUCUUGCGUAAUUUAGCUGAACUGACCUUUUUAUUGGUUUUUGGAGACAAAAUAAAGUUUUCCCAAUGCAACGGAUUCCUUAGAACCAUUGGGAAACCACAUCCAUACUUUGCCUGAAAAUUUAAAUGCUGGCAAAAGGAGCAUAUAAACAGUUUUUUUUUUUAUUGCUGUUUUAAAUUUGAUUAGUUUUUUGUUUGAAAUGAAGGUCAGAUUCUAAGAAUCUAACGAAGAAAUAAAAUAAUGCUGUAUAAUUCUCCAUUGGUUCAUAAUACCCUGACCUUUUUGUUCUCUGAUCAGACUCUAUCUUGCCUGCUUUACUUAGUUUAGUAAUUUUUCAUUAUGCCUUUAGUUCCAUCGCAAAGUUCUCAGGUGUUUUGGAGUUAUAAGGUUUAGUCUUUGUAUUUUUGAAGGAAGUCUCAGAAUUACAGCAAAUGGGAAAACACCCUGAAACACUCCUUAGAGCAAUGGUUCUCAAACCGUGGGGCGCACACCAAAAAAGGGGUGGGGGCAGGUCUGUGACAUAAAUAAAUUCUGCUAAAUGGGAUAACGGCACCAUUUGCUGUUUGGCCUGUACCUGCAGCCAGUAAUAUGAGUAGCAAGUGAUUCUGGGUAAUUAUCAGUGCAAGCUAUACACUACAGAUGAAGGAGACUGAUACUACAGUCGCUGAGCCAAUCAGUAUCCAGGAUACAAAACAGUUCCCUGGUUUAGACAUUAGACACAGUGUACUGUACAAUUAAAAAAAAUCCACAAUACAGAGAGACUGCAAACAACAAAUUGUGAUAUGGUGAAGGACCACUGUAUAUCGUUUAUAAAAUGUAGCACUAUUUAAAAAAAUGCCAUUUGCUAGAAACAGCUAUUAUCUGAUAUAAUGUAAUUUACUGUUAUAAAAUAGAAGGGAUUCUGGGUAAUCCUCAGCGCAAUGGUUUCACUGAAUUAAGAGAGAGCAAUAAAAGUUAAAUUUUUGUUGGUGGCUUGAAAAUAUUUCAUUCUUCAAAGGGGGAGCGCAACAAAAAGAUUGAGAACCACUGCCUUAGAGUGAAGUAAUGGGUAUCUGAUUAAAAAAAAUAUAUAUUAUUUUAUAUCAAUGUCUUGCCUUAGUUAAUCUCUUGCAAGAUGAUUGAUGAAAAGGAAUCAAAGAUGAAGAUAAGUCAAAAAUAUCAUCAGUGGGAUGAAAUAUUCAGAUGUUACCACUUGUUGCAAUUCAAGUAUUAUUCUUUGUGUCCAAAAUAACUAUCCAGAGGCCUUUGGUGUGGUAAUACAGUGCCAUAUGAGAACUUUGUGUCAGAACUGAAACCAAAAGGUAAAUUCCUGAUCAGGCACUCAAAGUCAAGAAUGGUAUUUUUUUUUGUCCAAUGCAUAAUUUUCUUCCCGUUAUUAUUGAGGAUUUUAUUUGUUUGUGAAUUUUAUCGAAAUGUGACAAAAAUUCAAAUGGAUGUUUUCUCUUAUGGUUUUAGAAAUAUUUGCAACUACUCUGAAGAUUUUUUUUCGUACAUGUGUACUCUGGAUUAGGCAUGGGCCAAUUACGGUUUCAAAACCGCUAAAAUACUACUUCACACAGUUCAUAUGAUUCCAAGUCCUUUUAUUGAAAUGACAGAAGUUGCAGGACUGACUGGAGUGUUAUUUGGCGCUUUGAAGCAUGCAGCAACACAAGUGACCUUCUCUCACCACUGGCUACUUAAUGAUCGUCAGCUAGCUGAGCGAAGGCUAGUACGUUUUUCCAGUGCAAAAACAUAUUUGGAUGUUUGUAAAUAUAUCUGAUCAUUAAAACAACAUGUGCCUCUCAGCACUUUUAUGAAGUUAAGGCGGUUUUCACUCAUUACUUACUUCAUCAACCAGCUGCUAUCAGCUUGUUAUUCAUGAUGAUGUUUGCAAUUAGCGGUAAAUGCAGUUGUAGUAAAGUGUCUUGUUUUUGGUAGCUAAUCUCAUGUGGCGAGCGGUAUUUUUGAUUUGACAGGUUUGCAACUUAGCCAAAUUUCUUCUCUUUGGUCUGUUUUAAUGAUGAUACGUUAACAGAUGUGUCCGAGCUUCACAGGGCAGCCUUUGUUGCCGUCUGCGGCUGCCUCUAUAAUGAUACAAAGCUCAACACUUGGUAGGUGUCAUCAAACGUACAGCCAGUUACAGAAAGUGGGAUUGUUCCUGCAGUGCAUUGUUUUCCAUUGGUCACUAACAGACGAGGUAGACACAAAUGUGAUGUCUGAAUCUGAAGUGAACACUGAAAACUGUAAAUUUGCUCUUCACUUUAAUAACAAAAAGCCCACAGUGGAAAUUCCUCAUCCAGCACAAAGAUUUGGUUCAGAAGGUCCCCAGAGAAGAAAUUUUGGGAUUUUUAAAGGAUUAACCUCAUGUCUGUGGGCAGCUUGGAAACAAGUUUAGGUAUAAGAAAUACUGAGAUAUUUAGUUGUCUUAUAAUCAGAAAAAAAAAUCAUCCGUGCAUGACAUCCUGGUAUUUCUUUCCCAGGCUGUUCCUAACAGUAAUUGGAGCUUACAGUGGUCAGAUGUCCUCUGUGAUUUGAAAGCAAAGGAAACUAGUGAUAAGUAUUUUGUGAAGUUAUAUUUUUAGCUCAGUUCUCUGCUUGCAAGCGGAGUUGAGAUUGCAGAUAAUAUGCUAGCAAUUGCAUUCAGGGCCACAUUUUUAGCUCAUCUCCCCAUCUUUAACUAUAAAGACUGUAGAACUAAAAGUUGAUGAACUCCCAAGUUUUAAGUCCUGUUUGCCCUGCAAGAGCAAAUCUAAACAAAUACAGUGCUUCUCCAGAACUCAAGGACAUAACUCAUCUUUUAUGGCUUAUAGGAAUACAAUGGAUACUCCCAGUGUUUCUCUAUAAAGAGCAGAAAGGAAAAAAGCAACAGCAUAUUGCAUAAUAAGCACAUUAAACCCCUGCUAAAGUUAGCCUGUGUUUAGUCUAAAUCUUUGCCAUAUCUAUGUAUUGAGGUCAAAAUGCCAAUGCGUGUUAUAGAUAACAUUACUGCAACUGAUAUUUUAGCAGCAUUAAGAUCAAGCCAAUGUUUUUGAUUUAAAUCCAUGUGUAAAUACAAUAAAACUGUAUUUGUAAUCUGUUACCAAACCCUAAUAAUCAAAUGCAGGCCCAUGCCUAUUCUGGAUUGUUUCACUAUCUGAAGUUUUUAGGUGUUAGAUUUUUCUUGAUACCAGCAUUUCAUUCUCUAAUGCGAGUGCUUUGUUUAAAGACCACGAGAAAAGGCUGACCUGUUUUUAUUAUGUAUUUCAGGUAAAUGUAAUAUUUCAGGUUGGAAACAAACUCUGCUGAACACAGAGAAAGCCUCUGUCAGUCAGAGCGCAAAUCUUCAUUUUAUCCUCAGCCGAAGGGUUUGUUUCCCAAAACCAGCUGGAUUUGGUCAGAUGAAUUUUUCUGGUUCUUUGAAAACAAAUGAAAGGCUUUUAAUCCCUACCAAUGUAAACCCUGACCUGUGCUGCAGCGGGAAAAGAUGUUUGUGAAAAUUUAGGUUGUCAAAAAAAACCUGUUGUAGCCUAUGUUUAUUGUCCUGAAGAAGGGAUCAUCCUCUCAACUUCUUUCCCUGUUUGUGCCAUGAGCAUUUUCCAGGGAAACACAUUGGAGAGGUCGUGUGCCAAAAUCAACAAAGCCCCACAAUUUUCGGAUGAUUUGGUUGGCUUUGAUGUGAAAAUCCUCUGAAAGAUCACUGGCUCGGCUUUAAAAGCCUGGGCUGCUGGAAGCUAAGUUAAAUCUGGCGUGGGUCUGAGUUGGGAGAGCUCCCUGUUCAGACGCGCCCAGCAGCUGACACGGUGUCUUGCACAACUCUGAACUUUUUGAAAGCAUUAAGGAAGUAUAAACUUUCACCGUUCAUACUUACUUACACGCGCUGAAAUCGACAAGAGCGGCACUUUGUUUUUGCCAUUUAAUCUUCUCUGUUUACAUGAUGUUUGGAUCCUCUGAUGUGGGAACGCAUGGUGGUUAGUUUAGUCAUGUAUGUGACAACACAGCUGGUAUAACGAUGUUGAUGUUGUUCUUUUCUUUUUCUUUUGUUGUUUUUUUUUUUACACAAAUUUUUAAAAUAAUUUUUCCAAGAUUGCACAGAUAUUUCAGCACAUGACGCAGAGAAUAAAUCCUUCUCAGUUGCAAAGCAAAA